AUGACCGCCUCGACGCCUUCUCCGCCGCCGCCGAGCGGCACCGCGCCGCCACCCGGCUCCGAGACUAUUGAAGUGGGCGGCUGGCAGGUCGUCAUCACCGACGGGCACGCGCUGCUCCCCGAAGGCAUGACGCACCUGCCGUACGAGGCGUUUCAGCUCCACACCUCUCUCGUCUCGGUCGCCUUCCCGCGCAGCCUCGUCUCCAUCGGCAGAAGCGCCUUCUCCCGCUGCCCCUCCCUCUCCUCCAUCAACUUCCCCGCCGGCCUCACCUCCAUUGACGAUUACGCCUUCCGCCGCUGCUCCGCCCUUGCCUCCAUCACGCUGCCGCUGCCCGAUGGCCUCUCGAUCGGCGACAGAGCCUUCCAAGACUGCCCCAUCAACGACGCGUCGAAGGCAGCAGUGCGGGCCAUCAACUUUUGGGCGGUGCGGCCUUCAAUCGACACGCAGGGGCACGCCACUGUGCCGGAGGGCCUCGCCUCGGUCGGCGAGUCCGCCUUCUCCAGCUGCCCCUCCCUCUCCUCCGUCGACCUCCCCGCCAGCCUCACCUCCAUCGACGCGGGUGCCUUCGACGGCUGCACCGCCCUUGCCCACGUCACCCUCCCCGCCAGCCUCACCUCCAUCGGCCUGCAAGCCUUCAGCCGCUGCUCCGCCCUCGCCUCCGUCACCUUCCCCGCCGCCCUUACCUCCAUCGGCGAGCAUGCCUUCCGCAGCUGCUCCGCCCUCACCUCUGUCAUCUUCUCUGCCGACCUGACCUUCAUCGGCAGCCUCGCCUUCGAGGGCUGCUCCUCCCUCACCACCGUCACCUUCCCCGCCGGCCUACCCGGUGGCCUCUCGAUUGGCGAUUGUGCAUUCUUCGGCUGCCCCCUCAACGACGCGUCAAAGGCAGCAGUGCGGGCCAUAAACUUUUGGGCGGUGCGGCCUUCAAUCGACGCGCAGGGACAUGCCACCGUGCCGGAGGGCAUCACCACCAUCGCUGUCGGCGCCUUCUCCGACUGCUCCGCCCUCGUCUCCAUCACCCUCCCCGCCAGCCUCACCUCCAUCGACUUCGAAUCCUUCGAUGGCUGCUCCUUCCUUACCUCCGUCACCUUCCCCGCCGGCCUCGUCUCCAUCGGCGACUUCGCCUUCUACCGCUGCUCCUCCCUCGCCUCCGUCACCUUCCCCGCCAGCCUCGUCUCCAUCGACAACUUCGCCUUCGCCGAAUGCUCCCUCGCCCGCGUCACCGUGCCAACCACCGCCAAGAUCGGCGACGAGGCCUUCGACUCCACGACCACCGAACCGGAAGGCGAGGGGGCAGAGGAGGAGAGGCGGGUGGCGGAGGAGCAGUCGCCCCAGCCGGAGGCGCUGCCUAGGGAGGAGGAGCCGCCGCCGGCCGACUUCAUCUGCCCGAUCACGACCGAGGUGAUGAGCGACCCGGUGAUGGCGGCGGACGGCCAUUCCUACGAGCGGAAGCAGAUCGAGCGCUGGCUCGCGACCAAGUCGACGAGCCCGAUGACGGGCGAGGCGCUCCAGCACACGCACACCUUCCCAAACCACGCGCUGCGCGGGCGGAUUCGAGAGUGGCAAGAGUGA